AUGGCGCAGAGCACGGAGCCCGACCACAGCAUGGAGAUGUUCCUCGAUACGAUGCAGCUAGAAUUUAAGAAGUUGCGUGAGGAGCUGGUAGAGCAAGUCUGCCAGGAGGUGCGGGAGUUUCUCAAGAGACCGGGUGGCCUGCGCCGCGAGCGCGAGAGGGAGGAGAGGCACCUCCAGGUGUUGCCGCUGCCAAUGGAUGGCACGGCCAGUGCUGCCAGUGCUGUCAGCGCGGAUUCUAGGUGUUCUGAUCGUUCUGAGAACUCUUCGGAUCGACUCGUCUGUGAGCUGCCGAUCUCUGAAGAGGUGCCGGCUGGCCCGGGCGACUGGCUGUACCGACCGAACAAAGCUUUUGCUCCUACGAGGAUUCUAAAAAAAAUCGGUGAGGACGACGCGAUGAAACGGGCCACUAGCUUUGGUGGCUUGAUGUCAUUGAAGCGCCGCUUCUCUGGGCAGGCCCUCGAGCCCGUCUGGGACCCGGGAUCCGGCCGCUUCGUCAAAGACCUCUCCCAGCGCCCCUCCUUGCGAAGCGCCGGGCAUCCCGGUUUGCCCUCUCUGCCCGACAUUCCCAACAUCCCUGCCCCGGCACUUGAUGUGGAGCCGGACGCGGACGAUGAUCCGAAAGCCGAGCCGCUUGAGCCGAUGCAGCCGAUGCAGUCGGAAAAUGCUGAGACGAUUCAGGCGUUCCAAUCAAAGUCGGUCCUCACGUCUCCGACCCGGACAUCGGGCCUCGACAAGGUCUUCUCAUUCCAGCGGCAUUCCUCAGUGGAGUUUGGCUUCAGGAACUGCUUCGCACAGCGCUUUGCCUGGAAGAUUGUGAGUAACAUGUACUUCGAAUCCGCAUCAAUGUUCGUCCUGUGUGCCAACUCAAUAGCAAUCGGAAUACAGACGGACUACGUGGCUUCGAACAUGCUCAGCACAGUGCCUUCUGGGCUGCGAGCUUUAGACCUUGCCUUCUGCGUGUUCUUCGCUGUGGAGCUCUCCGUCCGACUUCUAGCAUUCGGACGGCGGUUUUUCACAAUGACAGGGUGCGGCUGGAACGUGCUGGAUCUCAUCUUGGUGAGUGCUCAGGUAGCUGAGGAGAUCUUGCUCAGCUUGGCUGAGAUGCACAGUGGAGGCCUUCAGUACAACACGGAAGUCAUGCGGGUAGUCCGAAUCUUGCGGGCGAUCAAGGUUGUUCGCCUGGUCGGGGCGGUUCGUUUCGCACAGGACCUGCAGCUUCUCAUCAACUGCCUCUUUCUGUCCUUGAAGCAGUUCCUCUGGUCGGCCUUGCUCCUGCUUUUGGCCAUCUACGUGGUUGCCAUCUACAUCACGCAGGCCGCCACGGCCUACCGGCUUGAGAAUGCCGAGGGCCAGCACGAUCAGCUGAAGCAAUGGUGGGGCUCCAUGCCCCAAAGCGUCCUCUCGCUCUUCCAGGGCGUUACCGGCGGCGUGGACUGGCACGUGAUCGCCGAUCCCCUCAUCAUCGGCAUCAGCCCAUGGUUCGGGCUUCUGUUCAUCGUCUUCAUGGCCUUCUGCAUCCUAGCGCUGCUGAAUGUCAUCACGGGCACGUUUGUUGAAACGAUGAGUCAACAGGCCAAGGACCUGAAGCUGAGGAACCGUGUGCUCCAGGCACGCCGGCUCUUCUGUGAGAUUGAUCUGGACCACUCCGGGUUCAUUAGUCCUGAAGAGAUCUUGGACCACACGUCGAACCCAGCCGUGCAAGAGUUCUUUGAGUCCAUCGACGUCCAUCCCUCAGAGGCGAAGCGGCUUCUGGAGGUGGUGGACAUCGACGGCAACGGGAAGAUCAACUUCGAGGAGUUCUUAGAAGCCUCGAUGCGACUGAACGGAGCCGCCCGAUCUUCCGACCUGAUCCUCCUGGCGCGCGAGAUGAAGCGCUUCCACGCCUCCCAGCUCAAGUGCCUGAACGACCUGAAACGCGGGAUCGUCAUGCUGCAGCCGCUGACGUGA